UAUUUGUUUUGUUAAAUUACAGUUCAAAUUGAUUGUGGAAAAUCCAGAAAAACCUGUUGCACCUGGACUUCAAGUUACAGCUUUUGUGGAAUAUUAUUCUGAGAGUGAAGAUCUUGGAGAUAGACUACUUCUUUUAAUAGAAGAUGACAUAGUUGAUAUCCCCCUGCUUGGAUUAAUUUCUUGCUGUCAUCUGGAAAUAGAGUCAGAGAUUAAUUUUGGUGCAGUGAUUGCAAACAGUAAAAUAAUCAGUAAAGAGAUUAGUAUUGCUAACCAUGGAUCAUCUUCAGGCACAUUUAAAAUAUCAUAUGAGGGAGUUGUCCUGCUUAACAUAGAACCUACCAGUGGAGUGGUGGGGCCAAAAUCUACAAAGACGGUUAAAGUGGAUAUCUGCACAGAUGAACCCAAAAUCAUCAAAGAAGUGAUAAAAGUGGAGUUGGAAGGGCACGGCUGUGCUGAAGUACAGAUCAAAGCUGUUGUGGUUGAACAAGUUCUUAAAGUUCUAGGAGUGUCUUGUGGAAAUACAUUGAAAUGCAUUAACUUUGGACCAGUUUACUUUGGAUCUUCAAAGACUGAACAAAUAUCUUUAUACAAUGAAAGCCCUGAGUGUAUGGACUGGGUAGCUGUACUGGAAGACAAUGCCAUUGGAGGAGAGAUGGGGACAGAUCUUCAGAGGAGUGCAGAUGCUGUUUUACAAGACCUAAGUCUCAAAAAUAGAACAAGAGAUGUAGACGUUUCCACCUUGAUCUUGUGCAUUCCCAAUCAAGGAACCUUGUUACCUAAUGAGAAAUCGUUGGUUACGUUGUGCUUUAGUCCAAAAAAACUUAAAAGGGACUUUGGAGUCGCUGACUCAUCACAGAGACAAGAUUACGUACUGUUUCUGAGGUUUGAAACUGUUGGGAAGAACGAUGGCUGUCUGCAGGCUCUCAGUGAUGGUGCCACAGCAAUCAAAAUGAAUCAUCCUCAUCAGACGGAGUUGGCUUUGACAGGUUCUGGGCUUCCUGUCAUGUUAACUUUCAAUCCAGGACCAGUUAUUAAGUUUAUGGACUGUUUCUUGGGUGAACAAACACAAGUUCUAUGCACACUGAAAAAUGAAUCUGACUCCCUUCCAGUAACAUUCAGCUUCCGCAAGACUGCUCACUUUAAUAUUUCUCCUGAAAAAGGAAAAAUAAAAAGAAAUUCUGCAAAGGAUGUGAUAUUUUCAUUUUCUCCACAUCAAAUAGGAAUAUUUAAAGUGAAGCAAGUUGUUGACAUCAUUGGCACAAGACUAGAGAAAAAUAUUUUAUUGGUUUCGAAGACAAGAUCCUUUCACCAGAUAUAUUUGAGCUUUAUCAGUGUGUGCAAAUCUAAACGAAAAAACAUUCUAUUCAAAAUUAAUCCUGGUAUAACACCAAUGAUUUCCAAUGCAACUGGACAGUUUGUAGCUGAUGGCACAGGACACUGCACUGAUACAGCGCCUGUGGCGAUACUUAAAUCAACCCAAACACAAAUUCAUACUCACCGGAUAAACAGAAACUGUCAGGGUGAUGCACUUACAGCUUUUCCUAAUGACCGUGCAGCCAGCAUUAGGCCCAGUGAACGGAAUAAAAAGUACAGGACUAUUUUCACAAAGACUGAGAGAUAUAGUUAUAUAGAUCCAGAAUUUUCUUAUACUGACUCUGAACGACUGUCGAAAGAAGCACAUAAAGAAUACUACGCAGACUUCAUUUCUAGUUUAAGACAGCAUCGUUUACAGAAAGAUGCGGCUAGGCAGUUUUAUAAUUAUAAUAAUUCUGUGAGCAUAGGCCUUAAACCAGCUGAAGGGCUAAUUUCACCAAAGAUCUCAAUCACAGAUUUUCAAAAGGAGAAGCUACAGCUCAAAAUGCUUCCUUUAGAUGAGAAUUGCCUGUUAACUAGUCAAAAACUGGCAGCAGUUGGUUCUGAAUCUUCAGUCAAAGAAGUUUGGAGUGGGUUUAGUGCUAUGCCAUCUUCCACCCAGGAAGAGGAAGAUUGUAGUCUAACUUUGACAUCCAAGCAGCUUCACCAAAUACUCAUUGGUCCUUCCACUAUGGAUUUUGGUGAAGUUUGUGUGUAUUCUACAACAGCCAGAAAACUGCACAUCAUCAAUAACUUGUUAACUCAUAUAUGGAUACAAAUUGAGAUCGAAAUUGAUGAAUUACAGCAGACAAGUCCAUUGUCUCAGGUAUUGCCUCCUCUUACAAAGACUCAUAUUCCAAUUGUAUUCGAGGCAAACGCUCUUGGAAUGUUUAAAAGAUCUUUCACUUACACAAUAAACAACCAGCAUCUUGGGCAUGUGCUGGUAGUUGCAAAAGCGGUGCCUGUUGAACUUGAGCUGUCUGCAAGGGAACUGAUUUUAAAUCCUAUUCCUGGCUACCUAGCAGAGACAGAAUUUAGAACAACAGUCAGCAUAUACAAUCCCAGAAACCAUCCUGCUGAGUUUACUUGGAAACCUAUAAAUACAGAUAGACCAACGGCAUUUUCUAUACAGCCAGCCAAAGGCGUUGUGGAGGCCCAUAGAGAUCUGGAGUGCGAAGUUGUUUGGCAUCCAGGGUUCAACUCUCCAGAAGCAGGAGAAUUCAACUUAUGUGUGCGUAAAGGAAACACGAUUAAGUUGAAAUGUUUUGCAAAGCUCGGUACUACUAAAGUUCAGUUUGUGGAACGAAGGAUAUCCUUCAGACAUAGUCCAAUGGGUUUAUCUACUUGUAAGACAGCCACUCUUCACAACGUAGGAUACAACCAUGCGUACUUCCAAGUUAUUAAUUCAAACCCACUGCCUGGAAUGGUGAUCACCCCUUCGGAAGGGGUGGUGCCCGUGGGAGGACAUGCUGAUCUCAAAAUUUGCUUCACUCCAAAUGCAAAAACGAGUUUUGAUACGAGAGUGGAGGUAGCAGUGCGAAAUUCAGGAGUACUGGUGCUUACGAUUGGUGGAUUUGUAGAGAUCCCUGAAAUAUACAUUGAUGUGGAACUAUUUGACUUUGGUGGUGUUUAUGUUGGUGCCACAAAAUCAAUUCCCUUUUUGCUGCACAACAAAGGACAAGCGUGUACCAGAGUGGAGUUUGAUUUUUCUAAAUAUAAGGACUUUGUAUUGAAUGUUAAUGACCAUUCAGUGGUUGACUGCUGUUCUUCAAAGCCUUAUUUGUAUGCGGUUAACUUAAAGGGAAAGUCAGCUUUGCAGUGCUUGUUGUCUUUCAUGCCAAAAGAG